AGCUGAGAUUUUUCGAAAAUCCGAGAUCGGAAUUGAAUGUGUUCGUGGAUCUAACGAUGAUACGAUUAUCACCUGGAUUUGCAAUAAAUCCUUGUUUUCGAUCCAAUACCUUCGUCAAUUCCCAGAAAUCGACUUCGAUCUCCGUCCAAAUCGGGUCACGGCGGAGGAAUAUCUCCAGAAUCGGAUCGGAGAGCGGCGACGGUGUCGCUUUCGAUGCUGUGGCUUAUGAAUCUGAGCGGUUAAGCCUCGACGCGGUGGCGAUGGAGGAUAUGGCGGAGACGGCGAAGAAGGAACUAGAAUCGGAUCCAGAUAGUGACCCGAAAGCGUGGAAAUGGGUUAUCAGGAAGAAGAUGUGGGAUCUAAUGGAAGCUCGGAACUACGCAAUGAGCCCUAGACCUGUUCAUCAUCGAAUCCCUAAUUUCGUCGGUGCAUCGGCUGCUGCACGAAAAUUAGCCGAGCUUGACGCUUUUCGUAAGGCUAUGGCCGUGAAGGUUAAUCCCGAUUCGCCACAAAAGCAAAUCAGGUUUCUUACACUUUCUGGUGACAAGAAGCUGUUGACUCCUCAACCUAGGCUAAGAACAGGAUUCUUCUCUGUACUAGAAUCUGAUUUGUUGAAACCCGAAACCAUCAUGGAGGCUUGCACUUCUGUAGGAGUAGCCAAAUAUGGAAGAGCGAUUGGCCUUGAUGAGAAAAUCAAAGUUGAUCUCAUCGUCAUUGGCUCUGUUGCGGUUAACCCACAAACGGGUGCUAGAUUAGGGAAAGGAGAGGGUUUUGCGGAACUCGAAUAUGGAAUGUUGCGUUACAUGGGAGCCAUUGAUGAUUCCACACCCGUUGUUACAACCGUACAUGAUUGUCAGCUCGUGGACGAUAUACCCCUAGAGAAACUGGCGAUUCACGAUGUUCCUGUGGAUAUCAUAUGCACUCCUACUCGUGUCAUUUUCACAAAUACACCAAUACCAAAACCACAAGGAAUUUAUUGGGACAAACUGUCGCCGGAGAAGCUAGGACAGAUUCGGAUACUAAGAGAGCUAAAGAAGAGAUUGGAAAAGAAGACUGGCCGUAAACUUCCGACUGGACCAUCUGAGAAAUUACCUCCUACUGCUGAGCGCAAACGCCGGUAACUAACGGCUUCUAGUUUUGGUCAAUUGUGUUUUUUUGUUCUACUAAACCGCCUGGUUUUUACCGGUUUGUUUUCGGUUACUGUUUUAUACGAUAAAACAAAUGAUAUGUAUAUUAUGUAUGAUGGAUUUGAGUAAUGAAAUCGUAGUAAAAAAAAUUACGCAAU